GGAAAACUCUCCCUGCUCACGGGUCCUAGCCGUGUCCUUCGUUCCCAAUUCCUUCUUCCUUCACCGCGACUCCUCCAGACUCGGGCCACAAGACAAGCCCGAUCGCGCCGCACAAGAGAAGAUUUCGAGGGGGCUAACCCGGUCGGCGACCCGGACCGAGAUCGCGACGCCAUGAGCGAGGUCUUCGAGGGCUACGAGCGCCAGUACUGCGAGGCAUCCGCCUCCCUCACCCGCAAAUGCACCGCCGCCGCGGCCCUCCAAGGAGAGAAGCUGAAGCAGAAGGCGGCGGAGAUCAAAUCCGGCGUCGAUGGAGCCGAGGCACUGAUAAGAAAGAUGGAUCUUGAAGCAAGGAACCUCCAACCAAGCGUUAGAGCUGGGCUACUAGCAAAGAUCAGGGAGUACAAGUCAGAUCUUAAUAACCUCAAGGGAGCCUUGAAGAGGAUUACCAGUGGCAACCCACAGCAAGGGGCGAGGGAGGAGUUGCUGGAGUCAGGAAUGGCUGAUGCAUUGGGGGUUUCUGCUGAUCAAAGAUCAAGACUGCUCAGGGCAACUGAAAGACAGAACCAAACAACUGAUAGGCUCAGAGAUAGCCAUAGAACUAUGCUGGAGACGGAAGAUCUUGGAGUCUCCAUCUUGCAUGAUCUGGGUCAACAGCGCCAAUCUCUCUUGCAUGCUCAUCGUGGAUUGGAUGACGUUGAUGUCAACGUUGGCAAGAGCAGGAGGAUCAUUGGAGGCAUGGUGAGGAGAAUGGACAGAAACAAGUGGAUCAUCGGUCUCGUCAUAGCCGUCCUUGUCUUGGUCAUCCUAGUGAUCCUGUAUUUCAAGUUCAUGCACUAGGGUUUCUUCUCGUAAUAUAAUGAUGUGCAGUUCUCCUGCGCGUUUGAGAAAAAAGUUCGUGCACUAGGGGAUUGCUUUGCAUUGGGGCAGUUGUUUUCUACUGCAACCAUGAUGAAGGAAAGCAGCUGUGAAUUGUUUUUAUUGUAUCUGCACUUCGCAACCUCUCUGUUUUUCUUUUCUAUUUUCCUUUUAUUUUGUUCAGAUCAUAUUUCUGUGGGGGUGUGCUUGUAUGCUAUCGAAUGUGUUUCGAGGAAACGUUCAGACCAUCAGACAGCCUCUUGUAUAUCAUCUGAUUGCUUUUUGUUUGAAAGACAAACUGAACAGACAAUAAGGAAGCAGAUUUAAGCA